GAAGGAACUGUAGCAAUCAAUGGUGUGGGCGCUUUGAACUUAACUUCCCCUUUAACAAUAUCACUCUGUUUCUCUAUUUUGUUUUGAACUUACCCCUUCUUAACAAUGGCGUUUUGACGACCUCUCUCAUCUCUCUCUCUCGCAAUCCCUAGAAGACCCAAAUAAACCCCCUAAUUUCUCUUUAAUUUCAUGUUGAUUUGCCUCAAAUAUACUUUUUCAUUGUUGCUGAAGAACCAAAUAAACACCUCUUUCUUAGCUCCUCCUGAGUAGGAUACGCCAAAGAUAUCCUCGUUUAUCGCCCUUAUUUUCAGGGAUUUGAUUCAGUUGAAAAGAGAUUCCCUUUUUCGAUUCCUCUUAUAAUAAUAAUCAUCCUCCGAGAUUCUCUCUCUAUCAAUUUCUCUAGUCUAUCUGGAGUUAUUAGUUUGUUUCUUUUGGAUCUCUGAUUAGUUGAUUAGUGGAACGCUAAAAAAGAUUCCAACUUUAUUUAGUGUGAUCUAUCGGGUGGGGUUUGAUUUAGAGGAUCAAAAAAAUGACUGUGGAGGAAGUUAGUGGCGACGGUUCUGCGUGGAGUAGGGAAGAUGAUAUUGCGUUCGAGAGAGCUCUUGCUAGUUACACAGAUGAAUCAGAGGAAAAGUGGGAGAAGAUUGCUGCGGAUGUUCCAGGGAAAAGUGUCCAGCAGAUUAAAGAGCAUUACGAGCUUUUAGUUGAAGAUGUUAGUAGGAUCGAAUCAGGAUGUGUCCCACUUCCUUCUUACCGUGGUUAUCCUCUUGAGGAUGCUGGUGGUUGUGACGAUGGAGGAGGAGGGAGCAGUAAGAAAGGAGGUGGCAACAACAGUCAUGAUCAGGGAAGCAAAGCAAAGGCUGAUCAAGAACGACGAAAGGGUAUUGCCUGGUCCGAGGAUGAGCACAGGUUAUUUCUUCUUGGUUUGGAUAAGUAUGGGAAAGGUGAUUGGCGUAGCAUUUCUCGUAACUUUGUGGUAACAAGAACACCGACCCAAGUCGCCAGCCAUGCUCAGAAGUAUUUCAUUCGUCUAAACUCAAUGAACAAAGACAGAAGACGAUCAAGCAUUCAUGACAUUACUAGUGUUGGCGACGCAGAUGUCUCAACGCCACAAGGACCGAUCACUGGUCAGAACAACAACACCACCACCGGUUCUGCUCCUGUUGCUGGAGGAGGAAACAAAUCAGUCAAGCAAGCCGCCUCCCAACCACCACCUGGACCUCCUAUGUAUGGAACACCAACCGUAGGUCAACCGGUAGGUGGACCAUUGGUCUCAGCAGUUGGAACACCUGUGAACCUCCCAGCUCCUCCUCACAUGGCUUAUGGAGUCCAUGCUGCUUCAGUCCCUGGCUCAGUGGUUCCUGGUGCACCAAUGAACAUGGCUCAGAUGCCGUACACCAUGCCGAGGACACCAACUGCUCAUAGGUAACGUCGAAAAUGCUCUCUGUUAGGUGUAAGAAAGUUGUGUAAAGGAUUUAGUUAAUAUUCCUUGAGUGAGUUUUUUUUAUUACUUAGUUUGUGAGGAUUUUUACGACGUUCGAAUAAGAUCAUAUGAUUUAGUUUCAGACUCAGAGAAACAAAGCAACAUCUUUAUAUGGUUUUAACCUCUGUGAAACUUUGUUAAUGUUUCGGUUUGCUCAACAGAAAGAUUGUAUACAAAGUAAAGUUUGAUA